GAUAGGGACGGAUCAGUUUAUCGAUUUUAUUCCAUAACUGUAUUGCGUACUGGGAAAAAGGGUGCUUUUAGGUGUAAAACGCGGCCAUGAGUGACGGUGGUGGCACAGUGAGACAGCGCAAGAAAAGCUCUGGCGAUGGCGCUGGAAAUAGGGCACGUAAAUCGAAAUCAACAACCAGCUCGGGCGGCAGCUCACCCAGUACCGCCCAACAGCACCAGAUGUGGGCCCGGAUAGUGCUUAUGGUGGGUAUUGCUGCCAUCGUGUACUUUACCACGUUCCGAACGCGGGAAAAGAAGUUUGCCACCCAGCGGGAAGUGCUCGAGCUGCGCACUCAACCGCUCGACUGUUCCCGUCCGUAUCUGGAUGAAAUCUCCAAGUUCGCCGGAUGCAUCCCAAACCAGUGCGGGCGGUUCGUGAGCGACAAGAUAGUGUCACCGGCCGAGGCUGGCAUUCUGCUCGAUCUGGCCCGGGCAGGUUUCGAACUCGGUCAAUCGUCGGGUGGUGCAUCCAUCCUCGAUCUCCAUUCGGGUGCCCUUUCGAAGGGCACCCAGUUCGUGAACGUAUACCGGCUGCCCGAGGCCAAGAAACUGUUCACCAAUCAACAUAUCAACGUGUACCGGCACGUGAAAGCGAAAGUACAGCAAGCCGUGGCGGACAAUUUCCGCUUGAAUGUGGACGCCCUGCACCUUACCCAUCCCACGUUCUUUUCCCGUCUGACGAACUUAACCGCCAAAACGAUCCACGAUGAGUACUGGCACGAACAUGUGGACAAGGAAACGUACAACUCGUUCCACUUUACCACGCUGCUGUACCUUACCGAUUAUGGGAAAGAUUUUACCGGCGGGCGUUUCGUAUUUAUCGACAACGAAGGAAAACACAACCGGACGCAUGUGUACAUUGAACCGAAACGUGCCCGGGUCAGUGGGUUUACGUCCGGUGCAGAAAAUAUGCACCACGUGGAACAGGUUACCGGUGGCGUACGAUACGCAAUCACAAUUUCUUUCACGUGCGAUCGCGAAUACGCAAUGGCAGAUCCAAAGUUUGCGCUAGAUGACGAGGAAGAGGAGGGUGGCACGAAUCAGGGACGGGUGGACGAACCCUGAGAUAGGGCCGAUACCGUGCUCGUUAUCAGUGCGCUGGAGGAGCUUAGUGCGUAAUCGCGCUUAUGCCAUUCAUGCUAUUCCAUUCCCUCGGAAAAAAUCGUUCUGGUUCCUUUGUUCUUCUUUUAACGUAUUAUGUGCAUUGCCACAAAUGCACUUCGUACAUUGAAAAAAGAAAUACCGCAUUAUGCCAUCGCUUUGAUUAUUGAAACAGUAUUUAGUUGUGUAUUUACUACGUUACCAUUUACGUUAAAGUGCGAUCUCCUCCUGUAGCAAAAGCAAUAGUCAGUCAUGAGCACAAGUCCUCCCAAAAACUGCAAGCAAUACGAACAAAUGUAAUUUUAAUUGCAAACUAAUGUAAACGUGCAAUGGCAUGAUUUCAUGCAGCAUUAAAAGUCAUUGAGAUCAAGAAGCAAACGAACAAAAGAGGUAAUUCAAUUGCUGUAAGUUUAGAUGUUUGCGUUUGCCGCAAACGCUAAGUAUGCAGAGCCAUGUGGUUAGGAGUAGGAAGUCAUGUGGUGUACAAAUAAAUACU